AUGUUUUUAAAAAUUGUAGUGAAUGUACUGCUAACAUUAACGCCCUACAAGAAAAUGAAAUCGGUGAAUAUGCAGACCACUUCAGAGCACAAGCAUGACCAGAUUGGUACGCGAAGUGAGUACGGAAUUCCGGAAAACGUUAAAAAAGAAAUAAAUAAGCUGUUUGAUUUACGCCUAAAGCCAAAAGCUAUAUUAGAGGCUCUAAACAACAUGACAGGGAUAAAGGCGCCUUCGAAACGGCAACUUAACAACUACUUAUAUGACAGAAGGCCCGAAAAGUUCGGAAGAGCUGCAAUUUACUUAGGUGAACUUGAAAAAUGGAUUUUCGAUCGAACAACUAUUCCCGAUGACGAAAAUGAAGUUUUCGUGUUCAGCUAUCAUGUGAUAGAAGCGGAAGAACCAAGUUUUCGUCUGGCAUUGUCAACUAAAAUAUUACUCAACAUAGUUUGUUCCACGGACAUACUGCACAUAGACGCCACAUACAAACUCAUAUGGCAAGAGUUACCCAUUUUAGUUCUUGGUACCACUGAUAAGACCUGCAAGUUCCAUCUGCUUUGUCUUGGUGUGUCCACGAAUGAAUGUCAAGAAGAUUUUCAAAUGAUUUUUGAUGGCCUUAAAGAAAAGGUUCUGUCUUUAUUUGAUCAUGUGAUGCAAGCUAAAGUUUUAGUUUGUGACGCUGCUUACAGUAUAAGAAAUGCUUUCAUCGCAGUUUUUGGUACCACACCAGUUAUUUGUAUGUGCUGA